GAGAAGCGCUACGCGGCCGGCGAGGCGCUCCCCCCAAUAUGGUGCGCGUCGUCGUCUCCACCCUCCCCGCCCUCCGUCCGCUUCUCCGCCGUGGCUCUCUGCUAAACCAUAAACCCCUGCCCCGCUCACGCCUUCAGCCGUGGCCGUUCUGCACGCUCUCGUCCUCGCCCGCCGCCGGCGCGCCCAGCGCCGCGGUGAAGGGGGAGGAGGUUGCGUUGGACAAGCACCUUACCCGGUGCGCGGCGGCAGGCAUAGCACCGUUGCGGGUGGCGGUGCUGGUGAGCGGCGGGGUGGAUAGCAGCGUGGCGCUUCGCCUCCUCCACGCCGCCGGCCAUCGCUGCACCGCGUUCUACCUGAAGAUUUGGUUCCAGGAAGAUUUCAGGAAUUUCUGGUCCGAGUGCCCAUGGGACGAGGAUUUGAAGUAUGCACAAGCUGUUUGUGACAAGAUUGAUGUGCCAUUGGAGGUGGUCCACCUAUCCGAUGAAUACUGGAACCAUGUGGUAUCACAUAUGAUCAAUGAGUAUCGCUGUGGUCGUACACCAAAUCCCGAUGUUCUGUGCAACACGAGAAUAAAGUUCGGGUCUUUCUUAGAAGCCAUUGAAAAUUUAGGAUUUGACUACAUAGCUUCAGGACACUAUGCACACGUAGUACAUCCUUCCGCUGAAAAUACCGAAGCGCCAUCCGUACUACAAUUAUCAAAGGACAAGAUCAAGGAUCAAACCUAUUUCCUCUCACAUCUAUCUCAAUCUCAGCUUAGAAGGCUUCUUUUCCCACUAGGAUGUAUUACAAAGGAUGAGGUUCGCAGACUGGCUACUCAAAUGGGCCUUCCUAACCAAGGUAGGAAAGACUCACAAGGGAUAUGCUUUCUUGGAAAGGUCAAGUUUAGUGAGUUUGUUGAAAGACAUAUAGGAGAAAAGGAAGGAAUCAUACUGGAAGCUGAGUCCGGAGAUUACCUAGGGAUACACCGUGGGUUUUGGUUUUAUACAAUUGGUCAGCGGCAAGGAUUACGGCUUCCUGGAGGACCUUGGUACGUUGUAGAGAAAGAUGUUCAAAACAAUGUGGUUUUUGUAUCAAGGAAUUAUUAUUCAUUGGAUAAGCGGAGGCGCACAUUUCGUGUUGGAUCACUAAACUGGUUUGAUAAUUGUGGACCUGGAAACAAUGAGCAACUCAAAUGCAAGGUGCGACAUAGCCCUGAAUUUCAUGAUUGCACUUUGGUAAAAGAGCGUAGUGAAGAAAAUGGGGAUGCUUUGGUGGUGCAUCUGGCUGAAGAUGACCAGGGCUUGGCAGCUGGUCAGUUUGCAGCGUUCUAUAGUGAAAAUGUAUGCCUGGGGUCAGGCAUAAUUUUGGAUUCAUGGGACAAGAUGAGCUUCCCUGUCUGCUCAAGGGCACUCGAAAUCGCAAAGUUGGCGGACAAGUCGAGCUUAGGGAAGCCAAUAAGAAUCGUGAACCUGGAACAUAUCGUGAAACCUGAACAACAGGAGGAAAUCAAAGUUGCCUGACAGAUUGGUGCCGUAACCUUCUCCUAGCUCCGCCAGCUGCCCCCUUCAAAUCAAUUCAUCAAUCAACCGUAUCGCAGGCCCUGGAAAUCGAAGGAUGAGGGGUCUUCUAGAAUCUACCGAUAUAUACCCCCAGUUGGAAACUCCAGGUCCUUCUUGGAAGGAUGAUAUAGUGGAAUAUGGCAUGACUUGGUGCGCUCGUGUUGCAGAGGAACGAUGAAGCUUCGUGCGUGGAUAGGGUUGAUCUGAAUUAACUGUUGACAGUGAUUUUACGAUCUCGCGGGAAAGCAACACAAUAGUUUGGGCACGUCCUCUCCUGAGUGGAAUGAUCUGGAUUCAGUAGUAGUCAGUGGCACUUCAUUAAAACUAAUACAGGGAAAUCGUGACGUUGUAUGAUAGUGGUAAGAUAUUGUAUUGUGAAUUUUGACGAUAAUAUCGGUGCGUGAUUGUGCC